AUGUAUAACCAUGUUGCUGGAAUCGAUCGUGAUUAUCGCAUGACAAUUUCUUGUUUUCAGGCAAAUAAUCAAAAAAUUGAAAAAGGUCAUAUGUAUUACUUGAUGGGAUUCAUGUACGAGAUUAAUGGAGAUGGAGUCGUAGAAGAUUACUUAAAGGCCUUAGAUUCAUAUACAAAAGCAGCUGAACAUGGUUGUGUAGAUGUGGCGUCUAUGAUGGCAAAUAUGCACAGUCAGGGAUAUAAAGGUAAAGUUAAUCUCAGUGAGGUUGUAAUGGAUCGUUAUAGAAAAGCAUUAGAAGGUGUCUAUGAUCUUGCUUAA